UCUUUCCAGGUCGACUUACCUCGUAACCUGAAGCAGCGUGGGGUCCAUGACGUCUUUCACUCGUCUCUUCUUCGUAUUCACGAGCCGAACGACGACCGUCUAUUCCCCGGUCGAAUGGAGACACAAGUGGCGGAAUUCGAGGACUCCGAGGAUGAAUGGAUCAUAACUCGGAUCCUGUCGCACCACGGCGCGCGGGAGCAAGCCAUAUUUGAAGCGUUGUGGCGAUCGGGCGAUCGCACUUGGGUGCCGUACCGGGAAGUACGCAGUACCCGCGCGGUUGCUGAAUAUUUGGAAGUACUAGGA